GCUAAAGUUAGAGGAGCGGGCUCAGAUUCCACUGCCCCCGAAAUCCCCCGCUCCACCACGCGGCGGCGCCCCCCGUGCACGCGCCCACCCUUUGCCGCCUCAGCCCGCUCCACCGGCGGGCACAUAGGGCGCCGGCGCUCCUGACCAGCGUCUAGUUCACGCCCUCGAAGAACGGGUGCUGCGUUACCUCCGCCGCGCCGGUACGCGCGCCCCUGGCGAGGUCCCUUGCGGCGGCGCUGUGGGCCCGCCCACCGGCGCGUUCGGGAACUGCGGCACCUCCGGGGACAAAUCUUAGGAAAAAGAAUUUAUUCAAGCGCCGCCGAGAAAUCUUUCCUAGCCGGGGUUUGAGCACCGGGGUGGGGAAGGAAACGGCACGAGCGGUCCAUCUGAAUGGAGGCGGUGGUGCGGAAGGUGCAGCAGCGGGUGAGGAAGGUGCGGGAGGAGAUGGAGCGGUGGGACGACCUCAACGCCCGCCUCCUCACCCACUUCUCCAACGCCGCCAUCAUCAUCGGCCGCCUUCCGGUACUUGGAGAUGCUAAAAAUUAUGGUAUCCUGCGGUGUGUGCCCAACAUCAGGGAGGAUCUCCUGGGGAAGCAGAUGGAGAGCCUGGAGCUCAUCUUUGUUUCGAUGAGGACCACACUGGAGGAGUUCAGUGGCCUUGCCAAAGGUUUUAGCAAGGCGCUGCUUAAUACUAAGCAGAUGGUGAGGGGUGGAUCGGCGCUUACAGCAAAACAGUUGCAGUUACAAGUGGGAAUCUUGCCAACUAUUGCGGACUGCUUGGAUGGAUUACAAAAGCUGGCUGACAUGCACCAGGCUGAGUAUGCGGUAAAAUCAUCUAUCGUUUCUUUGGUGACAUGGAAGAGCAGUUCAAGUGACCUUGCUGCAAUGCGUCAACUCAUUGUAGACCAACCAAACAUACCAAAAGAUGAAGUGCAAUCUAUUUUCGACAUUAUAUUUGCAGAUGAAAUUUGUUAAAUGCAGUCAUGUUGAAGCCACUGUGUUUUGAUCUACCUGCCUAUCCAGACAAAGCAUGAAGGCUGCCACACUUUCAGGUUUAAUGAGCCCAAAUUGCUGUAGCGCCAUGAGGAAGCUGGAAUUGAUUUACAGAACCGUGUUAGCUUGUAAAACCUGCAAUUAGGCCCUUGGUGCGUUUCAACAUAUUGGAAAUUACUGCUAUCUGUCUUAUGGUAUUGUGGAAGACUCCAAAUAUCCAAGCUGACAUGGAACUAUUUAUCCUGCUGCAACUUACCAGUGUCUGCUGAAGACGCCUCUGGAAUUAGUUGGCUAGGUGUUUGCUGGGAAGCUUUCGGAUUAUGACUUGCCUUUGUGUCUCUACCCGUUUGUUCUCUGUUGCGUGUAACGGUGUAAGUAUCAUGCCUGGAGAUUAGUCGUUUGUUUUGUUUCUUUCACACUAGGCAGCCUGGCAGGUGCGCAGCUUCUCCUGUACUCUGCUCCUGUAAAUUACGGAAGAUAAAUGGAACAUUUGUGCUGGAUUUUC